AUGAGAGCUCAGCCCGCAAUAAUCCAGCGGCAUGUGGCGGUUCAGCACCUCCCUGACGUCGGGACUGAUGUCUAUGUCAACGAACAGCCCUUGACCGCCCAACCAAGCGGGCGAGCCGUCUUCGGAGGCCUACUCAUCGCGCAAGCCAUUUCGGCAGCCAGUGCAACCGUGGCGCCGGACCUCCACGUCUACUCCUCGCACUCCACUUUCCUUCGCCCGGUAACCGCCACGGCGAGGGAGAGGGUCGUCUACCAGGUGGACCGCACGGCUGACGGACAAUCCUAUGCAACUCGUUUAGUCCGGGCAGCCCAGGGAGACAGCGGGAGGGGCGUUUAUAUUGCAACCAUUUCCUUCCAAAGCAGCAAGGUCCCGGUCGCUAAUGCCCUGGACUACGGCCCUCCCAUGCCCGACCUAGAGGGCCUUGGACCCCUAGAAAUCCCAGAGGACCUCAACCGCAUAAUGUUAGCCGCGGCAUCCAGCCCUGGUUCGCCAUUGCAGCCAGUCAGUUCUGAGGUCGAAGCGUCCGACCGUCGUCCAUUUGGGUUUGUGUUGGCAAACAAGCCUGGAGAUUGCCGCGUCCGCAGUUUCGUCCGCUCACAGCAGCCCUUGAAUGUCAAGUCCGUGUCGGUGCACCAGGCUGCUUUGGCUUACAUGUCGGACGAGAUACUCUUAGGAAUGGCCAUAUAUGCAAAUCCCGACAUAGUUGGAGACGCAACACAGAACGUCACGAUGGGUGCCACUCUCAACCACAUGAUUCACUUUCAUGAUUCUACCGCCCGGGUGGACGACUGGCUAGUUAUCGAGCGAACAACUUCCUGGGGCGGUAAUGGCAGGGUACUUCUGCAUGAGAACACGUGGGAUCUGAAGACUGGCCGCCUUGUCAUGACGUGCAUACAAGAAGCCCUAAUCCGGCUCAAGGACGAAGACUCUAAGCUGUAA